UAUUGGAAUGGGAAGUCUGGCAAUCGAAUAAAAGGGGAGGGAGGAGUGAUUUCGCGCGUUGAACGGAUUCCGAAUAAUUUCGAAGAGAUUCGCAAGCCGCAGCUUUGUCGUUGUCGAUUGAUCGAGUACAGAACCGUGCAGGCGAGUCCGUCCGUGAAAAGUUAACGAGAUGUCCGUGAUGGGAAAGCCGGUUCUUUACUCCUAUUGGCGGAGCUCGUGUUCAUGGAGAGUGCGAAUUGCACUGAAUUUGAAAGAAAUUCCAUACGAUAUAAAACCAGUGAGCUUGAUCAAGGGUGGAGGAGAACAGCAUUCCAAUGAAUUUCGUGAAAUUAAUCCAAUGGAGCAGGUGCCUGCACUUCACAUUGACAAUCAUACCCUAAUAGAGUCUUUGAAUAUUCUACAAUAUUUGGAGGAGACCAGACCACAUCGACCUUUGAUGCCUGCAGAUCCAGUGAAAAGAGCCAGGGUCAGAGAGAUUUGUGAAGUAAUUGCAAGUGGCAUUCAACCACUGCAGAAUCUAGUUGUAUUGAUAUACGUUGGAGAGGAACGUAAGAAAGAAUGGGCACAACAUUGGAUUACCAGAGGAUUGACAGCUGUAGAGAAAUUAUUAUCAUCGAGUGCAGGAAAGUACUGUGUAGGGGAUGAAAUUACAUUAGCAGACUGCUGCUUGAUACCACAGAUAUUUAAUGCAAGGAGGUUUCUUGUUGAUCUCAGACCAUUCCCUACAAUUUUAAGGGUAGAUCGACAUUUAGAGAAUCAUCCAGCGUUUACCGCUGCUCACCCAAAUAAUCAGCCUGAUUGCCCUCCAGAGGCGACCAAGUAGCAAGCAAGGCAGACCACCCUCUUUCUCUUCUAAGAUUUUAGAAGUAAGAAAGGAGGUGGUCCAAAUUUGGUAGUUCCGUAGUGACAAAAGGUGGUGCAAAUUUAUUUUUAUUCAACUAAUAACAUAAGCUUUUUUUCUUAUUAGAAUCUGAUAAUAAUUAGCAUCUAUAUAUUUUUUGAAAAUUAAAGAUGCAAUUUUUUUUAGUAAUUGCGUUACACGUUCGGAAGAUCAUUAAACAUAUUAUCCGAUGUUAAUCAUGAUUUGAAAUAUUUUCUGGAUUGUGAUAUACGAGAUGAAUACACCUUUUAUCACUUACGAACUACACACUUAGGUACUGAAAUGGUAAACAGUGUAGAGUAGAAUAUUCAACUCUAUAACUUUCAAUUAUAAAAUUAAAACCACGCACCUCUGCCAUCUAUUCCAUAACGAGGGAGAACACUGUUCCAUUUCCGUACUUACUCAGAUGAUAGGAAUGUUGGCCUAUUUUUAAUUUUGUUAUGUUUUUCCAUUGGUUCGUACGCACAAUCAAAAUUACCGUGAAAAUUCGUCUUCGUACAGUACUUACGCAUUACUUUGUAAAGUGUAUCGACCUAUUAUAAAUAGGUUCUGUUGUCUGAAAUCAAAAGUUUACUUUUUAUACUUACGAUAAUAUAAUUUUUCGAUUACUUUAGCUUACAUAGACUAAGGAAGAAGUGUUGCUAUUAAAUAAUACUAGAUAAUAACUGGACAUUCUUUACCGAGUGUAUAAUGUAGCAGAUCUGAACAUCGUGGCGUGGCGCGCGUACCCGCGUACACUGACCGAAACAAGAAAAAGGAAACGUGCAAAUAAGGGAAUGCAAUCUGCUCAAAAAAAA